GCCGUGAGACCAAAAACAUGAAUUUCUUGCCUCACGAUUCCGAUUCCGAGUUUGCGUUCCGGUUACAGAUGGAGGAAGCACUCGCGGCUUCUCUCUCUUCCCGAUCUCGUACUCCUCAACGACCACCGUCGCCGCCUCCGGUUGUUGCUAGGUGUGGUAUCGCUAUCGUCGUUGAAGACGAUAUGAACCAACCUAAACCGGCUGAGAAAAGUAGAGGUUACGGUUUCGAUUUUAGGAGAGCCGUCGGCGAAGGAAGCUCUAAAGGAAAUGGCAAAACCCACGACACUGUCACUGGUGUACGUACGGAUGUACGAAACCCUAACAUUGGAGUCGGUAACACCCGAAACACUUCGGGAAACUUACCCUCGCAGGGCCAAUCAGUCGGAGAGGGUAGCUCGAGGGUUCACGCUGCUGCUGGAAAAUUCAACGGAAAUGUACUGUACAGGCUUUACUUUAAGGGUUUAGUUAGCGAAGAAAGCGGCAAGGGGAAGAUGACGGACGUCUUGGCUGGAUUUGGGGUUGCUAUUUGUGACCAGAGUGAUAAUUUGUUGUUCGAGAUGAAGGGACCAUUGGUUGACCAUGGCGUGAGUCGUCAGGGAGCGGAGCUCAAGGCAUUGAUACAAGGACUAACCAAAGCUUUGACGUUGGGGAUCAAACAUAUCGCCUUUUGUUGCGAUACUUAUCCUAUUUUCCAAUACGCCAGGGGAAGGUAUGUGGCUAAGCAAAAGAAGAUUUCCCUGUUGUUAAAUGAUCUACAAAGCAUCAUGCAACGCUUUUCAUCUAGUCAGCCUGUUCUGGUGGCCGGAAACAAUGUGAAAUUUGCCUAUAAACUUGCAAGGGAAUCAAUACUUUCUAAGGUCACCCCUCAUGCAGAACCUCGCCAGGCAAAAGCAGCUCGGAAAGAGGAGUGUGCUAUCUGUUUCAACGACAUCUAUGCUGAGCGCAUGUUUGCUGUUGACAAAUGCUGUCACCGCUUUUGCCUUCAAUGUGUGAAACAACAUGUAGAGGUGAAGCUGCUGCAUGGAAUGGUUCCGAGGUGUCCUCACGAUGGCUGCAAGUCUGAGCUGGUAAUUGAUGCCUGUGGCAAGCUUUUGACUCAAAAACUGAGCAAAAUGUGGCAACAAAGACUCAAAGAGAAUUCAAUACCUGUCACGGAGAGAGUUUACUGCCCUUACCCAAGGUGCUCGGCUUUGAUGUCCAAAACCAAGAUUUCUGAAGCUGCCAAGACCUUACUGUCUGUUUAUCCCAAAUCUGGAGUUAGGAGAUGUGUUGAAUGUCGUGGCCUCUUCUGUGUGGACUGUAAAGUUCCAUGGCAUGGCAAUCUGUCCUGCACGGAGUAUAAGAAAUUGCAUCCUAACCCUCCAGCAGAUGAUGUGAAGCUAAAGUCUCUCGCAAAUAAUAAGAUGUGGCGCCAAUGUGGCAAGUGCCAACACAUGAUUGAACUUACACAAGGAUGCAAUCACAUAACUUGCAGAUGUGGACAUGAGUUUUGUUACAAUUGCGGAGGUGGAUGGAACCUAGAAAUGGGGACUUGUUUAAAUCACUGCCCAACCUGGGACGAAGCAUACAUCAGACGUCAAGAUCCAGCGCGUGAAAAUGUGGCUCCUAACAACUACUUUGAUGAUGAUGAUGAUGAUGAUGAUGAUUAUGAGGAUGGUUACGAAUAUGAUGACUUCCACCACCUUGUUGGACUUGCGCAUGCUAUGGAUAAUCUUAAGCCUGAGGAGCCCUUCGACCCCUUCUUCGACUUGCCAGAUGGUGUGAUAUUUACCCCCGAUAUGCUAUCUCCCAAGACUCGUCGCCAAUUGUACAUGUCGGAUGAUGAUUCAGAUGAUAAUGUUCCUGCAAAUGAGUUUGACGAAUACUUUGGAAAGUAUGGAAAGUACAGUACAGUAUACGACUCCGACGGCCUUGAAAUUGAGGACUUCACGAACCCUUUCCAUCCUGACUAUCUUUAGUUUGGCACCAAAGAUGGCAUCUUUCUUUUUUAUAUUCCAGGUCCAAACUCUUUGCUAUAUGCUCUCUCCUCUUGAAACUUUUUGAGGUGCAUGUUUCUUCUAUGACUUGUUAUGUAUGACAGUAUGUAUGAGUUUGGGUUAUCUUGGAAUUUGUAGACAACUUGGGUUUCAAGUUAGGGCAAUUUUUUCUCUUU